GGUGGCUGGGCAUUCAGGCUGCAGCAGGAGGAGUGUGACUAUCUGCAGAUGAUCAAGGUACAGCACACGCAAUGCCUGGAGGAGGCCCAGCUGGAGAAUGAAACAGCAGGCUGCAGCAAGAUGUGGGACAACCUCACCUGCUGGCCAGCCACCCCUCGGGGUCAGGUGGUCGUCUUGGCCUGCCCCCUCAUCUUCAAGCUCUUCUCCUCCAUUCAAGGCCGCAACGUGAGCCGCAGCUGCACAGAUGAGGGCUGGACACCCCUGGAGCCUGGCCCCUACCACGUGGCCUGCGGCUUGGAUGACAAGGCAUCGGGUUUGGAUGAGCAGCAGACAAUGUUCUACAGUUCUGUGAAGACUGGCUACACCAUUGGCUACAGCCUGUCCCUUGCCGCCCUUCUGGUCGCCACCACCAUCUUGAGCCUGUUCAGGAAGCUCCACUGCACGCGGAACUACAUCCACAUGCACCUCUUCAUGUCCUUCAUCCUGAGGGCCGCCGCUGUCUUCAUCAAAGACUUGGCCCUCUUCAACAGCGAGGAGUCGGACCACUGCUCCAAGGGCUCGGUGGGCUGUAAGGCAGCCGUCGUCUUAUUCCAGUACUGUGUCAUGGCCAACUUCUUCUGGCUGCUGGUGGAGGGCCUCUACCUGCACACCUUGCUCGCCGUCUCCUUCUUCUCCGAGCGGAAGUACUUCUGGGGGUACAUAUUCAUCGGAUGGGGGGUGCCCAGCACAUUCACCAUGGUGUGGACCAUCAUCAGGAUCCACUUUGAGGAUUAUGGAUGCUGGGACACCAUCAACUCCUCACUGUGGUGGAUCAUAAAGGCCCCCAUCCUCGCCUCCAUCUUGGUGAACUUCAUCCUGUUCAUUCGUAUCAUCGGAAUCCUGGUUCAGAAACUGCGGCCUCCAGAUGUCAGAAAAAGUGACAGCCGCCCAUACUCGAGGCUCGCCAAGUCCACCCUUCUGCUGAUCCCCCUGUUUGGAGUGCACUACAUCAUGUUCGCCUUCUUUCCCGACAACUUUAAGGCUGAAGUGAAAAUGGUCUUUGAGCUCGUCGUGGGGUCUUUCCAGGGUUUUGUGGUUGCCAUCCUCUACUGCUUCCUCAAUGGCGAGGUGCAGGCAGAGCUGCGGCGGAAGUGGCGGCGCUGGCACCUGCAGGGUGUCCUGGGCUGGGAUCCCAAAUACCAGCAACCAUCUGGAGGCAGCAACGGGGCCACGUGCAGCACGCAAGUCUCUAUGCUGACCCGCGUCAGCCCUGGCACGCGCCGCUCCUCCAGCUUCCAGGCCGAAGUCUCCCUGGUCUGACCACCAGGAGCCCAGGGGCACAGGGCGGCCCUUCCCGCCCACACCCAUACACCCCGCGCGGCACCGGGGACAAAGGCCUGACCGGGCAAGGUCAGUUCCAGGCUCAGAGGCUGCCCAGGCCCCCAGAUCACUGUCCAGACUCCCCCAGAGAACGCUGCCCUUGUGCCAGCCUGGGGAAAGGAGGGUGCAUAGAUGAAGGAGCACCGAGAGCUCCUACCUGGAAGACGUGGAGUGGAGCUCAGUCUUCAGAUUCCACCCGCUAAAUGCCCCCUUUGCCAAUCAAGGGCAAGAAAUCUGCAUACCCUCACCUGACUCCACCCCCUGGUAGCUCAUGAUCCAUCUGAGGAAGGCAACCGCCCAUCCCCAGACAAUGCACGUGGGAACAUGAUGUGAUCUGAGGGCACAAAGGUCUUGCCUGGAAAGGUUACCUGCCACCACCACCUCGACAGUGCCUGAAGCUCUACCAUUGCUGCCAAGUUCCUUUGGGUUAAGCAUCAUCAUUCGGGCAUCUCUCCAAAGAUGCAGUCCCUGCCUGGAAUGCCUCCUCACAGCAGCCAGCAAAUCGAGAUGAAAGAGUUUUUCUGCCUCUGGCAGAUGCCAGGCCCAGUUGUAACAGGGAAUUUUAGUUAGAGGAGGGCAGCUAUCUCCACAGUCCCUGCUGAAGUGGAGUGGUCCCGGGACGGCUGCAGCAAUUUGAGGAGACUGCCACCAGCCCUACCCAUCUCUCUGGGCUGUGGGAACUGCCCUUGGCUGCCCACCUACGUGCCAACUAUUAGAAGCAGGCUCAGAGGUGUGCACUCAUGGACUCCUUAAUCCUCAUAUCAACCCAGCAAGGUGGGAACUACCAUCCCUAUUUCACAGAUCAGGAAAGUGAGCCUCACAGCGAGCAGGUACCUCACCUUAUCACGCAGACAGGAUUUGAACUCAGAUCUUGCUGAUGGGAAAGUGAAAGCACACUCUCUAAGUACUUUUAUAUACUGUAACAAGCUGGAUCCUCUUGGUUAUUUGUAUCACCACUGAUAUUAUUAUUACCACCACCCCCACAACCCCAUCCCCACCCCACCCUCCCGGGAGUGUGGCUGAAGAGUCCUCUGGUCCAUGCAUCAUCUGGACAAGAGCCUGGUGGUCAUGUCCUGUGUCUGACUGCACCUUUGUGGCCACACAGCUCCCUACCCACACCCCAGCCAGAAGAUCCCCUCGGGACUGCAAACAGGCUUGUGCAACAAUAAACACUGGGUCGGACUGACUGGUUUUCCUAGUGGUUGCUGUUCCCAUGUGGGUUAACAUGGAAACCAGCUUCCAGCUUGCAGCCAUCUACCCGUAUUCUGAGGAAGACUGGUCCAAAACACCACUGGAGCCAGACACCAUCACCCCUCUGGCUUCCAUGUGAAAAACACAGUUCUAAGGGCUUUCAACUCACAUCUUGUUGAGUGGUACCCUCUGUCCUCUGAGUGUGGUGAAGUUAUACCCCGUCCUCAUAGUGUCUCCCUACCCCCUAAAUCCAAGCAAGAAGAGACAGUUCUAUUCUUGGAUCAAGACAAAACAGCCAACAGAGUUGCGUGCAACCCCAGAAAUGGUUACAUGUGGGUACCUGCACCCAAGGAGCACAUGGGGUGUGAGAUGACCAGGGUGCCACCAUCCAGGGUUCAGCCAAGAGGAGGUAGAUGGAGGACAGAACAAAUGUCACCAAAACAGAGACAAUAUGGCUAGUAAACAGGUUUAGACACUGAGGCUGGAGGGUGAAGACGAUGAUGCCAGUCAGCAAGACAGUCUUCAGAGCCACUGCUCCAGCUGACCUCCCUGGGUUUCCCUCCCUGCAAACUUCCCGCCUGGACCCAGCCCAUCCAUCACCAUGCCUGAAAUCCCACCAUUAGUGAGUUACGUCUAGGGAGAGAAGCAAAGUUAUCAGCCAGGAGGGUGGAAAGUGAAUAAAACAUAGAGAGACCCAGACAGGGACGAAAGAAUGGAGGACAGAAAUGGGGCCCUGCCUGGGAGGUAGCAGGAGAUGAAAAGCCCCUCAGGAAGGGUGGAGGGCAUUCAGGAAUGGGGAGAAGCUGAGACACUGUCCGAGGCCUGCAGGUUGGGAGCAGAGUAGAGGUGACCAAGAGCUGAAUUUCUCCUGCACCCCCUCUUCUCUCCAGCUCCCUCUCCUGCCUUGUAGGGCACUGUCCCACCAGACCAGCUCAUCUCUAUCGCCACCUGGUGGCUGCCUCAAGGACUUCAUCACGGUUGGCCUUAGGGACCCAAGCAUCUGAUGACACAGAGGGCAGGCCUCUCUCCUCAGCUCCAUUUCAGAGCAAGAUACAAGGGCCAGGAGGUGGUGAGGACAAAGGACUGAUGACCCCAGAGACAGCCUGGAAUUAGGGAGACAGAACCUGGCUCUCAGACCAAGGCUCCUGUCCUUGUGGCACAGUGAUCCCUGCACCAGCCCCAGCUGUGGCCCAGGUAGAACCAGACCUCUGGUUGCCCCCAGGCUAGGCCCUGGCCCUUGACCAAGCCUGACCCCAGGACCUGAGGGCAAAGCCCAGUUAACUCAGGUGGCCUCCCCUCUGGGAAGACAAAGUGCCCCCCACCAUGCCGCCACCAUAUGGAUGAUUCUUGCCACUCUGAGGUGAGUAGACUGCCUGCAGAAUGGAUAAGGUGCGUCUUCCUGGGUGAAGGCUUGUCCCUGAGGACUUGGUAGAAGUCUCCAUAUCCCAAAGGGGCAUGAGAGAUGACAGGGACACCUGAAUCUGGGUCAGCAGAUGCUGGGGGCCCUUGGCAGCAGGAACCCAGUGGGGACUUGUUAAAUGAGGCCAAGGGAAUGAGGGUGGGUUUGGGACAGGCCACUGUGGCUGCUGAGAAGGGCCCCAGGAGAAGGCAGAGGGAAAGCUCCCAGUCCAUCAUCCAGGUGAGGGAGGGCUUGGUUAGGGACACGCUGAAGGUAGUGUCUGUGGGACAUCUGGGGAGAAGCCCUAAGGCUGUUGGAAUCAGGACCUAAAGACACAGGGCCGGCAGGAGGUAGGGAGACCAGGGCCGCCUCUGGGGUGUCCAGGGAGUCUGUAUCUCCUGGCAUCUCCAGCUGGCAGGCAGGGCCAGGUUGGGUGAGGAGUUGUCAGUGCCUACAUUCCCACCACUUGCCCAGGGCCUGUUUUAAUGAGCAAUGACCUGCCCACCACCCCCGCCUUUGUGGGAACAGGAACUGCUCUUAUCUCUCCUGGGGGAGGGGGCCAGAGACACAGCUGGCAGUCAUUAAACACCCUGAUCAGGCCAGGGAUGGCCGAGAUAUUAAUAGCCAAGAGUCGACGGCCCUGGAGACGCAGCCUUUCAGGAAGAGGGAGAGUAACCUCUGAAGUCAUGGGGAUGAGUCAGGAGGCCAUCCUGGCAAUGCCUCAUCCCCCAUGCACGACAAAUAAAGUCCAGAGAAGAGAAGGAACUUGCUUGGGAUUGCCAGCAAGUCAUUGGUAUAGCCCAGCUUUGAAUCCGGUUCUCAGUCCCAGAACCUGCCUCAUUAUAUGAACUGUCACAGGUGUCAUGGGUUUGCCCUGUGUGUAAACAGCAAAGUAGAACAAGUUGGUGGCCCUGAAUCUUUACUGUCUUCAUUUUAAUUAUCUUUUUUAUAAAUAAAUCAUUUUUUAUUGGGGGCAGGUAAAUUAGGUUUUGUUUAUUUAUUUUAAUGGAGGUACUGGGGAUUGAAUCCAGGACCUCGUGCAUGCUAAGCACACAUACUACCACUG